UCCACCCCUACCACCCCCAUCGCCACCACCACGACACAUACACCAUCGCACAUGUCAUCCCCACCGACAUCACAGAUAGUGGAUGAGGCAGGCAAGGCAGCUGCGCGUGCUGCCUUUGACGAGACCAACGAGGUCAUUGCCGUCGACUCGGCCAAUGACCUCUAUGCCUACAACGAAGAGGAGAUCCAAAAGACACUCAAUGAGAAGAAGUGGAAGAACGAUGUCCACUACUUUAAGCGGACGAAGAUCUCGGCCAAGGCGCUGCUGAAGAUUGUCAUGCACGCGCACUCGGCGGCAAAGGGCGAGCGCAAGACAGAGAUCAUGGGCAUGCUGCUGGGCAAGGUGGUGGGCGAGACUAUCAUUGUGCUCGACGCGUUUGAGCUGCCCAUUCAGGGCGAGGAGGCAUUCGUCACCGCCGGCGACCAGGCCAACAUCUACAUGUCCGAGUACGUGGCCAACUCGAAGCUCGCCCGCCCGGAAAACCCCAUCGGGUGGUACCACUCGCAUCCGGGCCUGCAGGUCUUUCUCUCGGGCACCGACUGCACCACCCAGAGGCUGUACCAGCAGUUCAUGGACCCGUGGCUCGCCAUCGUCAUCGACCCGGUCCGCACCAUGACCUCGGGCAAGGUCGAGCUCGGCGCGUUCCGCACAUACCCGCCGGGUACCUCGGCAGCGUCGGCCUCGUCGGGCUGGGAGCCUGUUCCGGCCGAUCUUAUCGAGGAGUUUGGCGUGCACAAGGACGAGUACUACAAGAUGGAGACCUCGUACUUCAAGUCGGCCUCGGACGCCGCCCUUCUUGACCUGCUCUGGGACCAGUACUGGGUCUCGGCCCUCGCCACCAACGCGCUCACCUCCAACGCAGAGUACUUUUCAGACUGCAUCCACAAGGUUGCCCGCAAGCUCGAGGAUGCCGAGGAGGAGAUGGCCCACUCGUCGUCGUCGUCGUCUGCCCGUUUCCGCGCAGGCGGCGCCGGCGCAGGCUCGUCCAUGAGCUUCCUAUCCUCGGCACCAGCCGCUGCAGGCCCGCCAGACUCCAAGCUCGCCCUCUGCGCCGACGAAAGCUCCAAGUUUGCCAUCGAGGAGCUUCAUGCCCUCACCACCCAGGUUGUCAAGGACUCGCUCUUCAACAUCCGCCGCUAG